AUGUCGAUUUCUUUAAAUAGAAUCGUCAUUUCCAACUUUAAGUCGUUCAGCGGAAAAACUGUAAUCGGUCCCAUCCAGUCGUUUACGGCAAUAAUUGGUCCAAAUGGAGCCGGAAAAUCAAAUAUUGUGGACGCUAUAAGUUUUGCAUUAGGGGAGAAGCUGAUUGCUUUACGUGUUAAACGCAUCAACGAACUCGUUUAUGGAAUUUCUACUAGAGAAUCAACGAUGGAAUGCGAUACCUAUGUAAAAUUGAUUUUCAAUAUAAAUGCCUUAGACGGCAUUAAUAAAAAGAGUUUCACAAGAGCAGUUUAUGGUGAAACUUAUCAAUACAAAAUAGAUGACAAGAUUGUUACGAACAUAUGUUAUAUGACUGAAUUGCGAAAAAUUGGUUUGGACGUAAAGGCAGGGAACUUUUUGAUACCUCAAGGUUACAUCGCAUGUGUCGCAAUGAAAAAGCCGAAAGAUCUAACCGCGAUGUUUGAAAAGAUUACUAAUUCAAAUGAGUACAAAGCAGAUUAUGAUAGAUUAAAAUUAGAACUUUCGAACGUGGCAAUAAAAAUAAAUUUUGAGAAUAAAUUGAAAAAACAGAUAUUGAUUGAAAAGAAAUACGCCAUUAUGGAAAAAGCAGAAACAGAAAAAUAUUUAAAGCUGAAAGAACAACGUAGAGUUGAAUUCUUGCAAGAUAAGGAAAGAAAAAUCAAAUCACAAAUAGAUCAGUAUCUACACGACAAGAAGAAUGUAAUAAUUUUAUUGGAAGAUACAAAAUCGCAAUUUAAGACAUUAUCUAGUUCUCUCGAAGAUAUUGAACAAGAUAUCCUGAAAAUGAAAAAUAUUAUUGAACAGAGGAAGAUAGAACACAUUGUUUUCGAGGAUGACAUUUUAUAUUGGCAGAAAAAACGUGAAAGCGCUCGUAUAUCUCUAGACAGUGCGAAUAAAACAUGUGACACUAAAAAAAGAAUCAUCCAAGAAUUAAAUAAUGAGUUAGAACGAAUAGACAACGAAUUAACAGAAUUAAGGAAAGCGUCACAGACGAGCACUAUAGAACUCAGUAACUCUCAGGUUAAACGUUACAUGGAAUUGACGAACGAAGUUGAAUGUCGAGCACAGAAUUCUGUAAAACAAAUAAAAAGCUUGAUGCAUGAUCUGCAAGAAGAUCACACUAAAUUUGAUAAUGAAAAUAGACGUAAAGAAGAAUUAGAGGACAAAGAAAAGCAGAUGAUAUUAAAGAAGAUAAAUCUUGAAACGCGAUUCGAAAAAUUGCAAGAUUUAAAGGAGCUUUCCGAGGCAGAUAUUGAUAAGAAUAGUAUUUUGCAUAGGAAUAAGAAAAAUGAAACAAUCAAUAUGUUGAAACAGUUUUACUCUGGCGUGUAUGGUCGUUUAUUUGACUUGUGUAAGCCUAUUCAUUCACGUUAUAAUGUUGCUGCAACUAAAGUUUUUGGUCAAAAUAUAAAUGCCAUUGUCGUUGAUACCACUGUUAUAGAAGAACCGCAAAAUGUUAAAUUAUUAUAUGAUGUAUUGAAUAUUUUAUCACCACGUAUAAACAGUGCGGUUUUAUUUGUCACUAAAAAUACUCUAGUUUGUGAGACUAGUGAACAUGCAAGAAUGUUAGCAUAUCCUGAUGAUAAACAGGAAGCAUAUGAUUGUGUUUCAUUAGACGGAUGUUUUUAUCGUAAAGAAGGUCUAAUGUCAGGUGGACAGGCUGAUUUAAUUGUAAAAGCAAAACAAUGGGACGAACGACGAAUAUUAACAUUGAAGGAACAAAAGGAAAACAAAAGUGUUGAGAUACAGAAGGAAUUAGACAUGAUUGACGGAGAAAAAAAUGCAUUAAAUAAUGAAAUCUUUGUUGAUUUUUGUAACGAUAUUAAUGUGCCGGAUAUUAGCUACUAUGAGAACAAUGAUUUGCGAAUUUAUCAAGAGAAAAAAACGAGGCAACUGGAGCUUGAGCAACAAUAUAAUCGUAUCGAAAAUCAAUUGCGCUUUGAAAACAAAACCGAUAUAGAAAGUAAAGUAUUGAAAUGGCAACAAGCUGUAGAACAUGCUGAUAUAGAAUGGAAUAAAGUGUAUCAGCAAGAACGUCAUGCAAAGAUUAAGAUUGAGCAAAAAGAAACAAAAAUAUCGAAGUUAAAGGACAAUUAUACAAACGUGGCAAAGGAUUUGGAGGAUGUGAAAAAAAAAUUAGAUGAGCACAAAUCGCAAAUUAGCGUUAAUGAAAAAUUAUAUUUAGAGGGUCGGAAGGCACACAUUGCUGUACAGAGAAAAAUACAACAGAUAAAAAUAGAAUGCAAUAUUAUACUUAAAGAAUGCAAGGUCUAUGAGUUUUUAAAGAAUCUAAAAGACUUGUUCUAA